CUGGUGUAUGCAAACCGGUUGACUACUCAGCUGGACACGGGUCGCCGUGGUUUGCUGGUAAAGCACUCUUCAAUCCACGGCCUUAUCCACCAAAGUUCAGUUGAUUUGGCCCGUUACGCCCGCUGGCUGAUUUUUUCCUUUUUUUUCCCUUUUUUUUCCUUUUCUUUUUCAAGAGGUAGAUUCUUAUAUAUCCCAAAUAAUGCCAGCCCGGAUUCGAGUCAUCGGCUCUUUGAAUGCCGACAUGGUCACAGUGACCCCACGCUUCCCCGGGCCAGGAGAAACUCUGACAGCGACAUCCUUCAACACCAGCGCAGGUGGCAAGGGCGCAAACCAGGCCGUGGCCUGUGGCCGCCUUUCCCGCUCACAGCCUAGAUCGUCGACCAGUGAUACCCAGGAUGAGGAGAUUUAUGUUGAAAUGAUCGGUGCCGUGGGCCGCCAGGAUUCGUAUUUCUCUACUCUCUUGAAACCAACUCUAGAACAGUCUGGUGUGGAUAUUGCGCGGAUUAGGGAAGUGGAUGGUGUGCAUACAGGCAUCGCCGUGAUUGUUGUUGACAGUUCGGCUGGUGGCGAGAAUAGGAUUUUGCUCUCUCCAGGUGCCAAUUACGCGGGGAUGCAGCCUACAGCAGACCUUUUCGACUCAGUACUGUCGCCUCCUCGACCAGAUGUGGUGGUGGUGCAGGCAGAGAUCCCACUGACGACGGUGGUUGAAGUUCUGAGGCGCGCCGGGCGUCAAAAGGAGCAACUACGCAAAGAAGGUAUCAAGGGCGUGGAUGGAGCGGUCGAGGUCGUGUUUAACCCCGCUCCGGCUCCAGCGGGCGGCCUACCUACAGACGUAUAUGCGGCAAUUGACCAUUUGAUCAUGAACGAAACGGAAUGUGAUCUUAUGGCGCCGAAGGAGCUGAGGGAUAUCUCCGAGCCAGAAGAACGCAGGGGCCAGAUCGCAAACCAUUUCCAUAGCUUAGGUGUACGGUAUGUCAUAGUUACACUGGGCUCGGAGGGAGUAUGGUAUAGUGCAGCUGAUGUGGGCAGCAAGGCCCAAGACGACGUCAAAACGUGGAUUCGCUGCAUUAAUCACAUUCCUGCCGCAAAAGUGGAAAAGGUUGUGGACACCACGGGUGCGGGAGACACCUUCGUGGGCGGCUAUUCGGUGCAAGUGGCUCGAUGGAGAGAGCAGAGACGGUUGCUUGGGAAGGCCAACGAAUGCCUUACAGAUGAUGAGCGGAGAGAACGGUAUCACAAAGGAAUUGAAGAGGCAAUUCGAUGGGCGGUCCGGGCUUCGGCCCAGUGUGUUCAGCGGCAAGGAGCCAUGGAUAGCAUUCCAUGGAAGGGAGAGAUCUGAUACUAUUUUCAACCACCGAUGUAAAUAAACAUGCCAGAUCAUGGAAGAUAUAGAGAAUGCUCUAUACUAGGAAUGGAGAACAAACAAGCAUGUGUUGCUUGGUAAGUUAAAGUUACGGGAGUAAAGAAGUGUGCUAUGACCAGUGGAGUGCUUGGAUAGCCGUCCUCAGCUCAAUA